AUGUAUCUGAUGUACAAGAAAGUCAAAAAGCACAACGAGAGAAAGAAACGGUCGGCAGAUCAUCCGAAAAGGGCCACCCAAGACUUAUCACAGACUCAGACAAUACCCAGCAAUGCCGGGUCACCAACAGACAAUCCUCCCAUCUCAGAAGAAGAGAAGAGCGAAAAAAAGCGACGGCGGACUUACAGAUGGAAGAUCAUAUUCGGCCUCUUUGCACCCUUCUGCCUUGAGGCUCUCGAUACGACCAUCAUCGCAUCGGCACUCCCUUAUAUUGCGCAGGACUUCAAUGAAGUGAACCAGCUAAACUGGAUCAUUUCCUCGUUCAACCUGACCUCUGCCGCCUUCCUCUUCUUCUGGGCCCAGUUGACCGAUCUAUUCGGCCGACACAACACCCUCCAAGCGGCAAUCGCGGUCAUGAUUAUCGGCUCAGCUAUAUGCACGGGAGCUCCGACAUCCGCUUUCGGCGUCCUCUUACUCGGGCGUUCCCUACAAGGUGUAGGAGCUGGCGGAGUGAAUAUCUCCGUUCGCGCAAUCUUGGCCGAUCGAGUCAAUCUCUCGGAAUAUGCCCUGAACUGGACCGUCUUUGCACUAGUGUCCAGUAUAGGAUUUAGCGUCGGACCGGUGAUCGGCGGUUACCUGACUACUGCAUCCUGGCGUUGGUGCUUUGCCAUUAAUCUGCCUAUUGGUGUGGUUGCAAUGAUCGUGGUCGUCUUUGUGCUUCGUAAAGAGCUUUUGGGACCACAACAACUUCCCGAGCUGGAAGGGUGGGACUUGUCGACUGCGCCCCAAAGAUUCAUUGUCCGUCUCCUCACAAUCGAUUACGGUGGCCAGCUGCUCUUCCUCUGGGGAUUCGGCCUGCUCAUCCUGGGUCUGACCUGGGCGGGCGGCAACUACGCCUGGAAUUCCGCGGCGGUGCUGGCACCACUGAUCAUCGGCGCCGUAUUGACUUGUAGCUGGGUCAUCUACGAGCGACUGAUGGUUCCAGGGUCUACGAUAUCGCGUGCUCUGCCGCGGCAACGCGCGAUGGUUCCCUGGGAUCUGCUGGUCCAGAAGGAUAUCGGCCUCUUGUUUCUGAUCAACGCCUCAAUUGGCGUGUCCAUGUUUGCAGUCAUGUAUUUCAUGAACCUGUACUUUGCCCUAGUCGAAGGGCGUAGUUCCAGCAGUGCUGGUCUAUCCUUGCUCUGGCGCAUACAUGGCCAUGUUCUCCUCAAACGUGUGGCCUCGUCAGACACUCCCUCCACUGCUUUUCGGGGGGUCACUUCCGCCGUGGGCAUCACUGUACUCGCUUGGGCCAUUCACACAGGCAAGACCAAGACAAUCUAUGCGAUGAUGGCUCUCACCGGACACGGAGUGGGUAUGCGCAUGAACCCCGCCUCUCUACAUGGCCUGGCCUACUUUCCUCAAAUGGUCGCCCAGAUCUCAUGCCUGGUGUCCUUUGCUGUUCCCUUUGGCGGUCUCGUCGGACUGACGAUUAUGUCGACGGUGUUUACCAAUAAGAGUGGGCCGAGCCAGGUCGAGGCACAACAGGGAAUCAUGUGGGCAUUCAUUUCGAUGACACCUCCCAUGUGGCUCUCGUUGGUAUUGACAACGCUCCUGGGGAAUGUGUGGAUUCGUAAGGAGGGUAGCCAUGAAGUGGUCAAUGGGGUGUAUCUCUGGAGUUUAGCGACGAGGGAACCACUUGUUCGUGAGAAAAGGCGAGAGCAGGAGUAUGAGUUGGCUCAGCGUCCUGGUGGCGCAGUGCGCGAUGAGAAAACUUGA